CCCUGUGUCGUCAUUUCCUGUGGGUCUGCAGGCAAAGGGAGAAGAUGGCGGCGCUGGGGGAACCUGUGCGACUGGAGAGGGAUAUUUGUAGAGCAAUUGAAUUGUUGGAAAAACUGCAAAGGAGUGGAGAGGUACCACCACAGAAACUGCAGGCUUUACAAAGAGUCCUUCAAAGUGAAUUCUGCAAUGCUGUAAGAGAGGUAUAUGAACAUGUCUACGAGACUGUGGACAUCAGUAGCAGUCCUGAAGUGAGAGCUAAUGCGACUGCAAAGGCUACUGUUGCUGCAUUUGCUGCCAGCGAAGGACAUUCUCAUCCUCGAGUUGUUGAGCUACCAAAAACAGAAGAAGGCCUUGGAUUCAAUAUUAUGGGAGGCAAAGAACAAAACUCUCCAAUCUAUAUAUCUCGAAUAAUUCCGGGUGGAAUUGCUGAUAGACAUGGGGGCCUCAAGCGAGGAGAUCAACUCCUUUCUGUUAAUGGAGUGAGUGUUGAAGGAGAACAUCAUGAAAAAGCUGUAGAACUGCUGAAAGCAGCCCAAGGAAAGGUUAAAUUAGUAGUACGGUACACACCCAAGGUCUUGGAAGAAAUGGAGUCACGCUUUGAAAAAAUGAGAUCAGCAAAACGCAGGCAACAGACCUAAAACUUUACAUUCCAUUUUGCUUUUAGCUAGAGAAGUUUUACUUGUGACCUACUGAUGGCCGCAAUGCCAAUGAUUGUUAAAAAAAAAAAACAAAAAAAAACCUUCCCGUGAAAUCCUCCUUGCCAUUUUAUAAAUGCCUAUUUUAACAUCAUUUAUGGUUCCAGAGAUGCAUACACUUUUUUCUGACAAGAAAAAGUAAAAAGGUGAUGAGGGCAAUUCUGUCCUGCUGUUUUUACAGGCCUUUUUCAACAAAUGCAGAUUUUGUCAUAAAGUUGUUAUAGAUUUUUAAAAAUGCUUUUUUAAUAUUAAAAUGUACUUUUACAUUCUUAACCUUUUUUUAGGGAAAAAAAGUUUUCUUUAUUUGGCUGCUUAUUUAAAAAUAACAGUUCUCCAUUCUUUUCUUUGCUUUGUUUUUCACCUGUAACAUUUCUUUAUGGUUUUCCAAGAAAUUAAACGUGACAGUCUCAGCUACAGCAGUUUAUUACACUAUCAAUGUUAACAUCAUUGCUGCGUUUUGUAUUUGGAACACACACAUAAUAUAUAUUAUCAGUGGUAAAUUAUAACUCAGCACAGUGGAAGUUUUUUACUUUUAUUUAAACAUAAUAUAUAAUGAAUAUUCAUUUAUACUGAUUUAUAAAAGUUUUUAAACACUGAUACAAUCAUUGCUAAAAUAUGUAUUCUUUCAUAAUAUUUGAGUAGUGACGUAAGAGAAUGUAAUUUGAUUGUUAGCAUUACUGAUUACAUCUUUCUAUUUAUAGUCAACAAUAUAUCAUAAAUUACAAAUGCAAAAAGAGGUUUAGGUUUCAUCUUUUGCAAAUUUUUUUAAUGCUAUUCAUUUUUAUUUAAAUAUAUUUCUUAUAUUUUCAUCUUUCCAUUUCUAGAGAUGAGCCAGUUAGUUUGUGGUGGGAAAUAGCAAAGAAGAAAAA